CUUAUAUCGACACUCUAGGGUAAGGGUUUUUCAUCAGUAACCAGACCCCGUAGCAGCAGAAGCCGAUCAGAAGCAAGCGCAAAUGCCGUCACACAAGACAUUUAGGAUCAAGAAGAAACUAGCAAAGAAGAUGAGGCAAAACAGGCCUAUCCCUCAUUGGAUUCGGAUGAGAACCGAUAACACUAUCAGGUACAACGCCAAGCGCAGGCACUGGAGAAGAACCAAGCUUGGAUUCUAAGGUGUUAUUAGGGUGCAAUAUCCUUGCUGUUUCUCAGAUUUAUUAGCUCAGGUAAUGGAAGUUAAGUGCCUCUAGUUUUCUUCCAAAUACCAAAUAUUGACCAAGCUAGGUUUAGUGGAUCGACUUGUUUAAUUGCUUGAUGCAUUACAUUAGUUAGUCCAAUAGCUGUCCUUAGGUUGAUUUGCAAUCGAUGGUUCAGUUGUGAUUCAACUUUACAUGUUCAAAGGAGGUUCUGUGUUUUUCUGUAUAAUGUUUACAUGCCUUAUUUUCAGCUUGAUUAUCUUUUCUAGAAUCGUAGUCUUCUUUUCAUUUGAUUUUUGAACAAAAUUUCUUGUCCGUGGUUAUAUUUUCUGCUUCUGACCAUAGCUUGUGGUCUAGUUUCUAAAUGCAGUCUGCCUUGUCAUGGAGUCUUGAAGACAGUUCAAAUCUUCCAUAGCUUGUAUUUUCAUGAUCAUGAAUUUAAUUUUCUAAUUGUAAUUUGGCGAUU